AUGAGUCAUCUUGGAGCAUACACCGGUAAGGCAUCAGUCUUCAUUCACUUUGAGCAGUAUCACCGAUAUAUAAGAGAUAAGUAUACAAAAAAAAGGAUAUCUAUAGUAUUAAAGGUCUAAAGACUUCGACGAGUAAACUGCUUACGCCUGUUACGACGUGUUUGGUGUGAACAACAAAAUUAUACGCUGGGACGCCUUGGAAAAUACGCUGGUAAGAAGUCAAUGUUCAACUCAACUGAUAAUAAAUAGCUCGAUUAGUUUCUGACGCACGUGACUUGUUAGUGUUGGCUAUGACUUGAAGAUUCACCGCCUGACAAAAGAACCAAGCAGACUUAAUUCGAUCGAGUAUCUUGUAGCCAAACAGCUACCCUGAAUGCCAGAGAUCUUCUCGCUCACCAGCGGAGAAAAGCAAUUCGCCCCCAAAAAUAAAAACAAAAAUUGCUCUGGCGCCCAGGGCACCAAAAUCCCUUUCUAAGACGAUUUUGCCGUUACUAAUAGGCUAAACCAAGACUGAGUCUUAGAACUUUGUUAUCAAGGACUUGGUUGGUAAUAAACAAAAACAACUUAAAAAAAACAACAACAAAACAUAUUUCAGUAAAGAAUUGAACAGUUAGCCUUCCACUAGUUGCUAGGCCCUGCUAUUGGGAUGUCACUCAAAAAGGGACUAAAACAGAGAAUUGGAUAGGGUUCAGAGAUAGGGCGUGGGUUCAAGUAAGGUGUUGUUCCCCAUUUUUCAUUUUACCUUUCCCUGGGCACACGCGAAAAUUUUAGGAGUUGGUAUCGGAAUUUAGCCUGUUUAGUAAUAGCAAUGUAAGACUUCCAAAUAAUAGACCUUUUUAGCUCGUGUUUUUUUUGUUUGUUUUCUCAGUUCAGACUACGUGAUGUUCACCAAGAAAUUUGCCUUUUGACUUUUCGUAAAUUAUACACAAAUAUGCCGGCCGGGUUGGAUGCACGUACUUGGGAUCACAUCUGCAAGAAACAGUUCUCUGGGUAUCCCCUGAAAUGGAAAAACAAAACAUACAAGCUAAGAUGGUCUAUUUCUAAAGUACAGGGUAACAAACUCGUGCCCAGACGCUUCUCUGAAUUAUCCCUGUGAGAAGGAUUAAGUAUGUUCGCGGUUAAUCAAGACCCAUAAAUCAACAAGCAAUCAUACACUACCACUAACCCGGGGGGAAGGGCUAUGUAGAAUCUAGUUUUGUACGGUUGCGGACCUAUUUUCUGAUUUUCCCACACUUCUUUCGGGGCGGUCGCUCUCCCCAUGUGCUUUUAGGACCGGGAAUUUUCAUGUACGGGUUAUUGACAAAAUUUCAGUCUCCAAGCUGGUUAAUCUUUAUGUCUUUAUGGUGAUCUUCUACUGUUUGAGGUAUUUACUCUGUUUCGUAUUUGUUGGCGUCACAUUUAUUUCAUUUUAUUUGUUUCAGUGUAAUUUAGUUAUCGCAAUUUUGCCUUCAUUUUAGAACCGCUUCUUUAUGGAUUUGUUAUGGUUUCAAGUUUGUAUCUCAUCACUUGGAAUUAAAUCAUCGCUGUAAGCUAAGUGGAGGUUAUAGGCGAAUUAGCCAGUACCUCACGAAUGUUCACACGCUUGCCCAUACUUUGUCUACACUUAAAAUUGGUAAAUAGCACUUACAGCGGAGCUCUCGUGGUGGUUAAGAGAAUUUGGUUCAUGUAUGCAUCCAAGAAAUUUGGGUUCCGACAAAAUCGUCCGUACGUACGUCUGCCUCCCUCAUGUUAGCGGAUGUGAAAUGUCUUGCUUACCAAGGCAUAUACAAAUUGUGUUUCAACUUGGUAUUAGACAUUCAUGUUAUGAUCAAUUGAAAACUGUCAAAGUAGGGUAUCCGUUGACCAGUGUUACGUGAGUGUAUCGCUGGUUCAGGUGUACAACUAAUUGAGGUGACAUGUUUUUUUAAGUUAUCCGCUGACCAAUUAUGGCAUUAAAGUGAUCGCAGGUUCAGAAAACGUUACUUCAAAAGAACAUUUUUGAAAGUUCCAAAGAGAGCUUCGCUUUCAGCUUUGGCUAAUUUAAGUAUUAAAAACAGGACUGAACACUAAACCUACUGUGUAAAAGACGUUAGGAGAACCAUUUCUGAAAAAAAUUGUUUUUUACCUAAACUUUGUAGGAACUGCUGGUGACUCCCUCGGCCUUCAUCGUGGUAUGGCGUUCUCGACCAAAGACCGAGACAGCGAUUCUUAUAAGGGUAACUGUGCCCAGGAAUUUAAGGGAGCUUGGUGGUACGUAACAUGUCAUGUUUCCAAUUUGAACGGCCUCUACCUUUAUGGCAAUCACUCUUCUUAUGCUAAUGGUGUAAACUGGAGCACAUGGAGGGGUUACCAUUACUCUGUUAAGCGAGCAGAAAUGAAAAUAAAGCCAGUGGGAAACUAG